ACCAGCGGCCACCAGACCAGGGCACCAGGCCACCACUUCGCCAUCGCCACGGCUCCACCGCUCCACGUCUCGGCUUUUGCUUGCUUGCUUCCUUCCUUCCUCCUUCCCUCCCUCCCGUCUGGCUCGGCAGAUUGCGACCGGGCGCGCCGAAUCUCCAGGCGAGAUCGCGCCCCGCAUCUGACGCCAGCGGCGCCGGAGCCCACGGCGACCGCGGGCCUCCGCCCCCGAUCUAGAGGUGCGCCUCCUUACCGAGAUUCGGCGAGCUUCAGCGGCAAGGAACGAGGGACAUUGGAGUGGUUAGAUUGGCUUGUCUGGGAGGGAUCGGAGCCGGACCUGCAUUUUCCGUGAAACAUUUGGAGAGCCAUACCCAACAAAAUAAGCACCGGUAUUUCAUCCUUUGUCUUGGUAUUCCAAUAAUGUGGAAACUCAAUCCCUUUGGGGGUAAAGCACAGAGUGGGCUGGAUGGUCGCACUAUUGAUGUUGGAAGUGUGAAGAUCACAGUACGAAAUGCCAUUGCACAAGGAGGUUUCUCUUGUGUAUAUUUGGCAUGCGACACAGUACAUCCAUCAAAGAUGUACGCAUUGAAGCACAUUAUUUGCAAUGACUCAGAAUCGCUUGAUCUUGUCAUGAAGGAGAUCCAGGUUAUGAACCUCCUCAAAGGGCAUCCCAAUGUGGUCACACUUGUUGCCCAUGAUGUUUUUGACAUGGGCCGUACAAAGGAGGCACUUCUUGUAAUGGAGUUCUGUGAGAAGUCCUUGGUGAGUGCAAUGGAGAGCAGAGGUAGUGGUUACUAUGAGGAGAAGAAGGUGCUUUUGAUUUUCAGAGAUGUCUGCAAUGCUGUCUUUGCCAUGCAUGGACAAUCACCACCAAUUGCACAUAGGGAUUUGAAAGCUGAAAAUGUUCUUCUUGGAUUGGACGGUGCAUGGAAAAUUUGUGAUUUUGGAAGCACAUCAACUAAUCAUAAAUGCUUUAACAAACCAGAAGAGAUGGGCAUUGAGGAAGAUGUCAUCAGGAAGCAUACAACCCCAGCCUACAGGGCCCCAGAGAUGUGGGAUCUCUACAGAAGAGAAGUUAUUAGCGAAAAAGUUGACAUUUGGGCCUUGGGGUGCCUUCUAUAUAGAAUAUGCUACUUCAAGUCUGCAUUUGACGGAGAAUCCAAGCUGCAGGUACUCAAUGGCAAUUAUCGUAUCCCUGAGCAACCCAAGUAUAGCACUGCUGUCACAGGGCUGAUCAAAGAUAUGCUGGAAGCCUCUCCAAAUGCCAGACCAGACAUCACGCAGGUCUGGUUUCGUGUUAAUGAGCUACUGCCGCUUGAGUUACAGAAAAGGUUACCCGAUGGACCAUCACCAGCCGUUUCCUCGAGUUUGUUGCAAGAUGAAGGUGCUCAUAAAAGAACACCUGUGAUGCCUAGAAGGAACCCCCCUCCACCUCCAAGAGAGCAAUCUAAUAGUUCUUUAUCGCAUGGAAGCUCAAAGGCAGGAGAUGCACCUUUAGGUGCAUUUUGGGCGACGCAGCACGCACAAGGUGCUCAAGCUGCAGAUAAUAGGAACCCUUUGUUUGAUGAGGAGCCAAUUAAGACAUCACUGUCAUCAAAGCAGAACCAAAGCUGGGUGGACACCAGCAUCAGUAUCCCUGGCGAUAGGCAUGGUCAUUCUGGUCAGAUGUCACGAACAAGUAAAGCACAAAGUAACUCCUUGUCCAAUAAUGGUUUCAGAGGUCUCUCUGACACAGAGAUACAAAAUUCUGGGAAAAUUAAAGCACAACAACCUCAACCCAAGCCAAAAUGCGAUAAGGAUCCAUUCAACAGCUUUGUUGCAGAUUUUGACACUCACAAUCUCAACAUUGCUGUUGGUAAGGCAUCCGAACUUGAACUGGAAGUGUCCAGUCUGAAGGAGCAGUUGAAGAAAACCACAUUAGAAAAGGCUGAGAUGACAGCCAAGUAUGAAAAGUUAUCUGCAAUCUGCCGAUCACAGCGUCAGGAGAUCCAAGAGCUGAAGCGCAAUCUUGCUGAGGCUACGCCUCCCUCAAACAAAGUUAGCUCAAGGACACAAGACUCUGGAUCUCAGCGAAAGGAAAAGAUCCAAGGAACUGUGUGGGAGCUUGAACAAGGGAUGCUUGCUAGCAACUCAUCAGCCAGUUCUGAUGCCAAAACAUGGCAGGCUUUCCCUGACACAAAGACUCAAGCCCGACCAAAGGUCGAUCAUGCAACUAAUGGGAGCCAAAACAUAAACAAGAACAUAACAUCAGGUGCUUCCCCCGAUGCGUGGGGUUUUGGUUCCGAUAAUUUCAGAACAUCAGCAGCAGUAAGUGCUACACAGAUCAACAGGGCCGCUGCCCAAGGGAGCUCAUCCCAAAGAUUUAAUGCUGGUGUGGCCAAGAAGGUAGAGCAGCCAUCUGGAUGGGCUGGUUUUUAACUUCACGUCGAUAUGCGUUAACCAUCAUUCUGGUCAAAAUUUGCAAUCUUCCCUACUCAGCUGCUGUUGCCGACGGAGUUGUGAUCUUUGCCGGCCACAGAGCCAUCAAAAUAGGUUAUCUUGAGUGUGUAAGUCAUUUUGGUUGAGGCAACUUAGACAAGUGAUUCAUGGGAUCACUUGAAAUUACCCGUUAAUAAGUAAAUAUAUAUAUAUUGACAGCAUUGUGCGUAUUUCUUUGUAUGAUUAUUUGAACUUGUAACGUCUA